AUGGCUUGGAACACAGCGAAUUCUUUCAAGGUCCAGGUCCUAGCUCUUUCUGGAGUAGCGGCCGAUGCCCUUUACGUCUACAUCGCCAACACCCACUCGGGGUUUCUCAACAAUUUUGAUGAGCCGUCGCACUACUCGCCAAGCUGUCCGGUUGCAAUAACAUAUUGUCGUGUCCCAUUGGCAAGCUCAAAUAUGAUAACGAAGCGACACCGGCUGCUCUGCGCUGGUUCCUGGAGCUUUUUUUUUCUUGCGAUAAGGUACAAGAUUCUUAUACCGCGUGCUGAAACGAAUCAGGAAGACAGCCCAUCCCGGGUCACCAACAGGGUUGUAUGCAUUACAAGUGUCUGUCAACUGAUAUCCAAUUGCUCAUACUCCUACGGCAAUACGAGCCGCUGA